AUGCACAUUUCUUUGGUGAUGCCGGCCGCCAUGCAUAUCAACCUUGAUAAUAUUUGCUUCUACGACCAUCCCCCUGCGAAGCCUUCCUCGCGUGCCUUGCCUUCUUCUUGGAGGGCCUAUAAUCCCUCUGUAGGCCCGCAAACUCUUCCGCGUGCACUCUCGCCAAGAUCGCAUUCUUAUGGCAACUUGAUAUCCGGUGCUGGCGUGGGUGUCUUUUCCCAAUCUCAGGCUCCUGCAAGAGAACAAACGGAUUUAUGUGCCGGCAGUGAAUUUGAUUUCGAAAUACAGAGAUCUUUGACCCAAAAUAACCAGGUCGCUGAUGAGACAGACCUGGGCAGGUACCUCAAUCAUCCAGGACUCCAAGACGAAGAUACUAUCGAUGUGCAUCCAGGGGGCCAAACGUCCCCCGUCAGUGACGAUUUCCCUUUAAGAGACACCCUGGGUGACUUAGAUAUAUCUUCGACAAACAAGGAUCCUCAAUCCUCUCGUCCAGGCCAGCCCCUUGCCCUCGAUGACUUACUAGGAUGGCGAAGAGACAGUAUCUCACCGCUAGCAACUCAUAAUGAGACAGACAAGGGCCCUCUUUCACCAGAAAGCAGCUUAGGUUGCCCACGUAUCUUCUCAACGCCUCCACCAGAUCUUCCAGUACGCCCUAGCAUCGAAACCAGCUUACAAGGCGGCUCCAUUGUGGGUGACACCGAACGCGAGGAAAACAGCGGAGAUCGAACAGGAAGUCCAGAGGAUGAGGUGGUAGCGCCAAGUGCCCAGGUCAAUGCACCCUCAACCAGCGAGGCUCUGUCGGAGGAGGAUGCUAUAGGCAGACUCACCAAAGACAGUCAUACGUCUGUCACAUUCUGUCUCGCAUCUCAAACUCGCUCAACUAUCCAAUCGCAGGCCACGCUGGUAAAAACGCCUUCCCCUCAACUGCGACGAAACCUAAGAUCCACCCGACAUGAGCGAUUUCCUGCCGUUUCAGUUGUCAUACCCACCCGUCGAAACGAUGAACUAGUGGCAAGGACCAGGGAGAACCGUCGUACUGCGUCAAAACGACAUAGGCAUCGGGGCAGCAGCGACAAAGAUCGAGAAACACAGAGGCCAAUGGAUGAUGACCAUCCACCACGUUCGGACGAGCGCAAUUCCAAGACAGGCGGCCGCUCGCCGAAACAGCCGAAGAGGGCAAAGAGGGCAAAGAAAAAUCACUUGCCUUCCGGAAAUAUCGUCGGGGAGAGAUGCGCUAAUCAGCCUCAAGAGUCUUCGGAGGGUGGUGCAGCUUUCAUAUUGGGCAAAACAGAAGAAAUUUUCGGUCGCGGAGUGCUACGUAUCCAGGCUAAUGGUCCUCGGUAUGCCUAUUUUAUGACAUUCCUGCCAGAAGUUUCUCGCCACCCGUCUAUGCCACCUGAAGCAUCUCACGGGCAGUCUUCACGCGAUGAAAAUCUCCCUGAAAAUUCCAUCACGCGACGAGUGGGGCGUAGGAAACGUACACGAAGUAUGUCUACGGGGGUGGGUGAGAAGCGCGAUGGAAGGCCAACGGAGAUGCUACGAAGCUCUUGGUCUUGCGAAGGCGAUAAUGAGAACCAGAAGAAGCCUAGAAGGCGCUUGCGAUGGUCUUCGGAAGAGGUAGACUAUCUCAAGGGACUCAGAAGCGAUGGGCGACGGCCGUGGUCGGAAGUGACAAGGUUAUUUCUGGUCCGAUAUCCUGGAAGAAGUCCUGCCGCGAUUCAAGUAUAUUGCAGUACACACAGGCUUUGA